AUGAACACCGCCCUCCGCACCCCCCUAGUCCGCACCGUCGUGAGCGCCAUCCAACGGCUCUACCCUCUCGCGCUCGCCGACAAAUCCUGGGACAACACCGGGCUUCUCCUGGAGGCACCGCAUCGAUUCGACCUCGCCGCCUCACGUCCGUCAAAGCACGUAGUCCUGCUAACGAUCGACCUGACGCGUGCGGUGGCGGAGGAGGCGAUCGCUCUGCGCUCCUCGUUCGUCGUUACGUACCACCCGAUCAUCUUCCGGCCGCUCAAGAGCCUUACAUUCGCCGACCCGCAGCAGGAGAGCCUGCUGUGGCUCGCGCAGGAGGGGAUCAGUGUGUACUCGCCGCAUACGGCGGUUGAUGCUACGAUAGGUGGAGUCAACGAUUGGUUGGCCGAUGGGAUCUCGGGUGGCACUGCGUGCGAGACGGCGAGGAAGGUGAUCCAGAAGGUGGACGGCCCGGAGGGGUUCGAGGACAGUGGCAUGGGGAGGGUGCUGGUGCUUAAGGAGCCGGUGACGUUGGGCGUGUUGGUGGAUAGGGUCAAGAAGCAGCUGGGGAUGGAGAGGUUGAUGGUUGCUGAUGGGAGUGGCGGGAGGAAGAUUGAGAGGAUCGCGCUGUGUGCGGGCAGUGGAGGGAGUAUGUUGAAGGGCCUCGAUGUGGACCUGUACUAUACUGGGGAGCUGAGCCAUCAUGAGGCACUGGCGGCGAAGGAGAUCGGGAUCAGUGUCAUCAGCUGCUUCCACACGAACACUGAGAGAGGGUUCCUGACUGCCGUCAUGAAGCAGAAGCUCGGCGAUGCGUUGGCUCGGGAAUGGGAGCAGGUGGCAGAGGCGGAGAGGGAAGGGAAGGAAGGCUUUGAGGUGGUUGUGAGCAAGAAGGACAGCGAUCCGUACAAUAUCGUAUAG